GUGAAAAUAAGAUUUAGGACUAUGUUUGUCCACGCUCUCUUCUCUUGUUCUUGAAAUAUUUGCUUAAAUACUCAAGUGCUUUUCGGCUCCCCUUACAAAUGUAUUUGCAAAAACCCUUCUUGAACACACAUGUUUGCAUCUGGAAGAAUGAAGCUUUUCUUCUAAGGCAGAGAUUACUCCCAUGUAUGUUGAUUUAACAUUGCGUUUAUUUUUAGGAUAAACUGUGAAAAGCUUCGGAUAACAGGUCUUCAACUGCCCUGAUGCUAUCAUCUGGGGUGGAAUCCCUCCUUGAUUCUUCCAUGUCUGCUGUAGUAGAGGAAUUGUACACUGGACUGCCAGUCAGCAUCUCCACUGAACUUAUGGCUGUAUCGGAGCCUAAUGUUGGAUUAGAUGCAAAGUCUGAUGUGCCAACAGCUGUGCUAGCAUGCAGGGACAGUUUGCCAUCUGAGCAUCAUAGGACUUCUGGAGUAGAAAACUUGUCUCAGAAAACAGAGAAUUUGAGUGAUAUGCCCAAGGGGAUUUCUCAUGGGCUAGCAGAAUCCCUUACUGAAGAAUUACUAAAAUCGGGAGACCUUGAAGAGGAUGAAGAAAACAAAAAAAGAAACUCUAGGAGACUAGACUCUUCUACUGGUGGAUACCAGAAAGAAGAUAAAGAGGGACAAGAUGCUGAGGAGUAUCUUGCUGAAUGCUGUGCUUUAACUCCUGAGGAAAGUUGGUGGUCAAAACAAGAGGAGCUUCACUUAAGUCAGCAUGGGGUGAAGUUUUCAAGCAUCUAUUGCACUGAAAUAGCAGGAUCUCUGAAGAACAAAGAAGAAAACCCAGCAAAUGUUCAGGUGACAGCUGAAACUCUGCCAAAGCCUGCUGAAGAAGCACAAGGUAUGAAGGCUGAUGGGACUAGGAUAUUUAGUAAAGCAGGAUACAGGAAUGACAGAGUGAGUAAUGAUCUUCCACCUGAGAGCGAUGAGUGCCCAGAUGUAGGCACAGUCAUGGCCAGUGAUGAGGUUUCACAAACCAGCAUGUUAGUUUUUUCAGAGCCUUAUACAAUCAGGAACGUUGAAUCGGCCACUGAACAUUCACAGGAAAUAAAUGAAUAUGAUGAGUCAAAAGCCCGUACUCUCAUGCCGUUGACAACAGGAGGUAACGUUGUAUCUAUUUUGGAGACUAGAGAAGAAAAGCUACCCAGAGAGAAUCCUGUUGAUGAAUUCAAUACAUCACUUGCUAUUUGCCAGACCUAUCAGCAGGACGAAGAGAACAGUGCUCAUGACUUCAGUACUGUUCCUGUACCUAAUAAUGAACCUGACAGGCUGUCAUCAAUACAGAGUUCUGGCACACUCUCCACAGAAAAUUCUGAAGUUUCAUGUUCUGCUCUGAAAGGCACCCGUUACCUGGACUUCAGAAAUACGCCGCUAGAAAGCAGCAGUACUGCAGUCUGUGGAAUUAACAGUGAAAGCCAGGAAGAGCAUCUUCCUGAAAACAUGGAAAGUCAAAGUUGUCAUGAUCAUGGAACUGGGUUUCUAGAGAACCGGACCUCCAAAUGCAUACUGGUAGAACAGCUCUCAGUGUCAAGGAGUGAAGAAUUAUCUAGGGAUAAAUCUGAUCAUAGAGAAGUAAAUGAUAAUGUAGAUAAUUCAUACAGCUCUGAAUUUGAAGACGCUACUGAAACCCAGAGAAAAAUUGCUAUGAGAGAUAACAUUGAAGACAGCUGGCCUGAAGCUCAAGAAAACGUUAAUUCUGAGCAUUGUAAUUCUUCAGUUUUUAGUUCUGUUGCUUCAUCUCCUGAGGACUUCUCAAAAGAAAAAUUAAAAAGGGUCCCAUCAGAAGUUGGUAAGUGGAAAAAGGACCAAUGGCAGUUAGCUGUCAGUGAUCUGCGCAAGGAUGAUACUGCAGAAAAUAGUCUAUUGAUAGAAACAGAAAACAUUGUUCCCCCUGAAACUGAGCAGACAUAUGUAUGCUUUUAUAAUACCUGCAAUAAAAACACUACUUCUCCCAGUAACCAUGGCUGUCUGGAACUCAGUACCAAGUUAGAGAAAGGUUCACCUGUGUUACAGCUGCUUGAAAAGGAAUCUGGGAGUAAUAGAACAUCAGAAGAGUUGGCUGGCAAUUUAGUUGAAGCUACAGAAGCCAAUAGUAAUGACAGUUUAUCCAUUGGCAGAGAAACUAAUUUGGUUUAUGCACUAAAUAUAAAACUACCUCCCGUUGCACAAAAAUCAAGAGUACUUCAUGAUAAUGAACUUACUCCUUGUACUGCUAAUGAAGUUUCAAGCAGAGACAAGGCUCAGGAUAAUCUAUCUGGAAAAGAAUCAGUUGGUGCUUCUGGAGCAGCGGAGGAACAAGUCACUGAACUUGUGCUUCCAAAAGACAAAUUCAAGCCUUCAGUAAAUCUUAGGACUUCUGAUACCCCUAGUAGGACAAGCAAAGUUUCCCAAAAGAACACAACGUCUUUACAGGGGAAUAUAGACAGCGCAGUCACUGAUUCAGAAAAUGAAGAGAGUGACACAUGGAAUUGUAAUGAUCAGAGUAUAAAAGACCAGUGUACAGCUGCCAGUACUUCCUGUAUUUUAUCAGAGAAUACACGUGUAGAUGAUGAUCUCCCAAACAGUCAUUCGUUUAAGGGUGAGGUUGAAAUGAAGACUGGAGAAAGUGAUAAUUUGGAAGGAGAAGAUUCAGCUGGAUAUAAUAGUAAAAGAGCAAUCAUCUUUGCUGAAAAACACUUCCCUUCAGCAGGUAGAUCUGUUCCUUCUGAAGGUGAUUGGGGUAAUGGAAGUGUAGCUCUGCAGGUCAUAAAUGAUACUUCCAUAGCAAAAAACGUGUUUUGCUCAGCUUCUACUGCAGAGAAGACCACUACUACCUUGUUAAGAGAUGAGAUAUCAAAUAAAAAUACAGAUUUUGAAAGUCUGAAACAGUUUGAUCUUGAUAAAGUAACAGAUGGCAAUGAAAUUAUUUGUGACAGAGAUGAGGCACAAGAACAAAUUAGCACAUAUGCUCUCCAGAUAGAUAAAUUUGAUAAAAUAAGAACUGUGGAUUUUCCAGAUGCUUUCUCUGAAAGCAAUCAGAGAAAUGAGUCUAGUGAACAGCUGUUAGUCAGAUAUUCGAUCAAAAACCAAUGUGUUCAUAAUUUUGGAUUUUGCAACUCUCCAUCAGGCCUGAAGAAGAGAGAACUAGACACGUAUGAGGAGAAAGAGUCAUCACUCACAGCUAAUCUCUCUGAGUACAGUGCCUCAAUCUGUGAUUCAAGUCAGUUAUUUGACAACUUGAAUAUCCAAAGACCACAUGCUGGUCAACCAGAAAAGACCAUUUAUCCAACUGAAAAUCAGUUUCUUGCAUGUCAAAGUAAGUUAGUUGGACUGGUUCCAGGCAGCAAGCAAAAUAAAGUUGAGCUGGCAGAUGAAAUUUUUGAGACUCAGCCCUUACAAAGCUUAAAAAAACAGUCAAACACUGGUUUACAAACUGUACGUACUUCUACAGAGGAAACUAAAAUAUCGAUUGGCUCUAACCAAGGUGAAGAGAUACUAUUAAAAAAAGGUGGCAGCCUGGCUCCAUUAGUUCAUAAAUGUGUAAGAGAAGACAGUGUUCAAGGAACCGUAAAGGAUAACACAGUGGAUUUUGAUUCUUUAAAUCGUGUGGGAAAUGCUGACCUUUCAGGAUACGUGCACUUUGUCAGUGAUCUAACUGAGGAAGAAACAAUAGAAUUAAAAGAACCCAAGAAAGAAUAUGGAAGAGAAGAUAAAGGAACUUCUGCAGAAGGCUUUUCUGAUAGCAAAAAACAUUGCUCACAACACACUUGCUCUAUCAGUUGUGCAAAGGAGAAUGGAGAGCUGCUAGUAUUUGCAGAAAACACAGCGCAGAAAACUUUGUCAAAGAUGGAGUGUUUGGUGGGGGACCAAGAAAAUGCAGCUAUUGCCCCAUCUUUGCCCAACUCCACAUUGAUCCAUGGGAGUCUGUCAGAUGAGCCAGAAAGUAAGAAUUUGUUUUCAGAGAUGGAAAACAAAACAAGUCUUAGAAUAAAACCCAUGUUAGGUAACUCUCACCUGCAGUUAAUGUUUGAGCCUGAUAAAGAAACUGAUGUUCAAAAGGAUAUACAUCCACCCCAGCCCAGGAAGUUUGAGAUCCAAGAAGCUUUUACUGAGACUCAUGUGGAGUUGGAAACGCAGGCAGCUGUGAACUUGGGAGUCUCUCUGCCUCAGAAAGAAAAGUUGUAUAUGUUAUCUGAGUAUACACAAAUAGACGAGCAUGACGUACGUUCCGCGUACGUUUUUAGAAAAGAUUCUUCAGUGACAAAACCUCUUUCUAUAACAACGUCUGUUAAGAGAAAAGCCAGCAACACUGAGAGUCCCUCUUCAGAGAAUGGAAAAGCCACUAGCUUUCUGAAAGAUGUAAAAAGCUCCAGAGUUUGUGCACACAGCAAAGAAGGGCCUACAGAUGAGGGGGAUAGUGAGCUAACUCUAAAAGACAUGGAUGUGACAUUACCAGAAAAUACUGACUAUGGAGAGAAGUUUAAGAAUGCUUGUGUAGAAGACAAGAUGGAGAGAGAAGUAGCCCCUGGAAAAAGGUUGCCACUAUAUCCUACUCUUGAUGGAGGAGAUUCUCUACAGUUCUUAUUAGAAGAUUCAAAACAGUCUGGUAGCAAAACAGACCCUCUCAGCGCUGAGAAUUAUGAAAAGGUUUUAGAAGAAAUGUCAGGAUCUAACUUAAAUAAUCUUCCAAAAAAAAGAAAAAAUGUUACAAAGCCCACAAACUCAGCAGGUAUCAAUCUACUUUUAGAAACUAUAGAUGGUUGUCAAGCUGAAGUUUUAUCUGACACAAAAACUUCAUCAGAAAUCCAGUAUAAUGCAAUACCUGCAUUUUAUCCAUAUAGGAGUAUACUGUCAAGUAGUUGCAAAGAAUUGUCCCCAAAUUGUGUUGUUUGCAGGGAAGUAUGUGUGCCUUACAACUUAAAUGCACGGAGCAAAGAUAAUAUAAAGGAGAUCAGAGAAGGCCAAGACACUACACCAACUCAUUCAAUUUGCAAAGAUAAUGAAGCUUUAGAUUCAGAGAAAACUGAUCAAAUAAAGAAAUGUCAGGCACUGAAACGAAAGAAAAUGUAUGAGGAGAUGGAAGUACAUCUGUCAGACAAGGCACAGCAAGAACAGAAGUCAAAUUACCAAGCAAAAGCAAAAACUGCACUGCAACCAAGCACGUUGUACAAAUUGCAACUUCUGUGCAGCUCUUCAAAUGAGUUGGUGACUUCAAGAAAUGCAAAGUUUGAAGGUCCUUCAGAGAAGGUUUUUGCUGUUAGAAACAGUAAAAAUAAACUAUGUAGCACUUUACAAGAAGUCAAAAGGCCAAAGAUUACCACAGAUGUUAUUAGUUCACAGUUUUUGAAGACUCGGGAUUCAGAAACAGAAAACCUGAGCCUUAAUUUAGAGUCCUGCAUUAAACUGUCAGAGGAUGGUACUCCUUUAAUUUGUGCUUACCAUCUACAACCACAGACUGCAUAUGAUGAAAUCCAUGGUGCCUUUGGAAUGACAAAUAAACUAAGAGGACUUCCUCCAUUAAAAAAACAGCCUGGAAGGGCAUGCAAAAAAGUUCCCACAUCAGAUCAACCAAAAAGUGUUAGAAAAAGCAACAAAAUUAGAAGUUCAACUUUGAAGACUUCCUCAGAAACAUUCUGUAAGCAGGAAAACGUGCCCCUCAAUUCUUUGUACUUUGCAUAUAAACCACCAAUAAUGGAAAAGGAAAUAGCCAAGAGAUUGGUGCAUAUGCCAAGGCAGAGGGCCAAGAGGUGCAGUUUGUUGAACAGCUUGAAAUUUAGAAAACGUACCAAAGAACCAGCACUGUUAAGCAAGCUGUCUGCAAUGGCCAAUACGCUACUGGCACCCGCCAAAAGCAUCCAUAAAUUAAAGUCUCUGCCGUAUUCUUCUGAAAUUCUUCCAGUGGCUGAGAGGUGCAGCCAACGUAGAGCUAAAAAUCUAUUGGAAGCUUUUUCCUGCAUUAACAGGAACUUACACUCCCACUGGGCUGACAGCUGGUGCACCAAGAUGUUCAGCUUUCAGCCCUUGGCACUUUAUCCUGUAGAAUCUACCAAAAUACCUGUUUUAGACUUGAGCCACAAGACUCCGUCCUCACUCUUGGAUACCCCCGUGUUCCCAAUUUCUUUUCAAAUAAAAUUGGACUCCAGUUCUAUGACAGAGCUCACAGGGAUUACGUCCCAGUGCUCUGUACAUCACAGACGGGUUUGGGGAGAAAUGCCAGAACCGCCUUCAGAGUGGACCUUCUCUUUUCUCCUAUCUCAGAGCUGUUCAGGUACAACAGCUUCCAAGGAAGAUUCCAGUGUAGAUAAUGAGCUGCAUUCUUCUUGCUCUUUAAUGACUCCAGGGGCGGCUGCCCGUCAUCCUGACCAUGGAAGAAAUGCCAUAGCUGAAAGAAGAGAAAGUUACUCUAUGCUUGGCCUUCACACAGUGUUAGCACUUUCUUCCCCUGGAUGUUACAGGAUUUGGACAAGAAGAAGAAACUUAACCAGUCGUAUUCCUACCAUCCAGAGACUAUUUAUGUCACAAUUCACACAGGGUUUGAAAGGGCUAAGGUGUGCAACUUCUGUAUCAGAUGACCUCUUCUCCUCAUUGCCAUACUCACUGGGCAGGGCACUAUCCAUGUGGAGUCAGCAUGGUCCUUCUGCCUGUCCCUCCGAAAUAACUCUUCUCCAUUCCAAUCACUGCAAGUGGCAACCAAGUGUGGGCAUCGAGAACAGCUAUGCCAUGUUACCGCACUUACCUGUUCAGAGUACAGAAGCUCUACAGACAGCAGGUCAUGAGAUAUGUUUGGAACCUUCGUUCCCUCUUUCGUUACCAAAGUCUUGCUCGCUUCCAGAAUCAUCUUCAUCUCCACUCAGGCUUUCAUCACCUGAACUCCAGGUCCCUGCCUUUGAUGAAGCUGAUGCUUCUGUUCCAGCCUGUCUUAGAUCCCAAGAUGACACAGAACUGAAAAAAACUGAGCCAGAAAAGAGGCCAAAGAAAGUCUCCCAGAUCCGAAUCAGGAAAACUGUUCCUAAGCCAGACCCUAACCUUACUCCUAUGGGACUACCCAGACCAAAAAGGCUUAAGAAGAAAGAAUUUAGUUUAGAAGAAAUUUACACAAACAAGAACUAUAAGUCCCCUCCUCCAGCCAGGAGUCUGGAAACGAUCUUUGAAGAGCCCAAGGAGAAAAAUGGAUCCUUGAUCUCUGUCAGCCAGCAGAAGAGGAAGCGGAUUCUGGAGUUUCAGGACUUCACUGUCCCCCGGAAGAGGAAGGCACGAAGUAAAAUCAAAGUAGCGGGUAGCUUCACCCGAGCAAAAAAAGCUGCGCUACAGGGUGCAGAGUUAGAUGCCCUUCUGAUUCAGAAGCUAAUGGACCUUGAAGCCUUUUUUGCAAAGGAGGCUGAACGCGAGCAGGCCUCUAGCAGCUGAGAGAGGCAUUCAGCUGAAAAUGGCUCAGUCAUCUCCCUUUAUGUUUUAGUGUCUACCCACUUCUUCAUACCUUACUCUACCAUUCAGUUCUAAUAGCUGACGAUCAGUUACUGGCUGUGGACCUCUUUAAGGUGCUAUUUUUUUUUAAUGCUACGAGAGGGAUUCUCUGAAGUCCCUAUGUGAGUGUAACACAGCCCCACAUGAUUCACUGUUCCUUGCCCAACCUCUGGAAAUUAUGGCUAAUGUUAAAUUAUGUUUAAACACCUCUUGAGGGUAGAGUAGGAGUAUAAAGGAGGAAGUAGUGCACCUUCAGUGAUGCUAGGACUCUAUACUCCGGAACAUUUGCACAUUUGAGUCUGCUGUUGUUACUGUAGAGGCUAUCUUGAACAACCUGACAGAAGAGAGAGGGUGCUUGGCAAUGAUGAAUUCUAGUAAACGCACUCUUGAUAUACCACUAACUUUUUAAUAAUUAAAAGUAGCAGUCUGACUUUGCUUUCAAUUGUUUCCUCCUUCUGUUUACUUAGAAGGUUUCUUCUAAGUUUCUGUGCCCUUCCUGGCUUCAGGCAGCAGAAGCCUCACAUAACUAGAUUUUAAAUAACUUGCACUUUGUAUGUGUUUCUUCAGUUGCUGCAUGAGGACGCCUUUUAAUGUGAUGCAUCUCCCCUUCCCCCCCCCCAAAAAAAACCCCCAAAACACGUAUUUUGAGAAAAAAUGGUGCCCAGUGCUAAUUUCUCUCAAAUAGUAGAGUGAAUUUUUACCUAGUUUGCUGGUGCUUUACACCUCUUCUCCAGAGGCAAAGGUAAGUAGCCCAGAAGGAUGUUAAGCUGCAGGACGCUUAAUUAGAGGUUUUUAUUUAGCUGAGCUGCUGUUUGCAGCACAAUCUUUGAGCAUCAUUUUUAAGUGAUUUUAAUUCCAAUAAAAAUAUCAACUUGAUUUUAAUGCCAACAACAAAAUAGAUUUGUUCCAUCUUGGGGGGUGGGGAGGGGAGGGUAUUCUUGUUGUUUUUUUUAUCAUUUUAGGUUUACAAUUUGUAUAGCUCAUAAUUAGAUAUUCUCUGUACAGCUCUAUUGUAUAUAAUAGCUAGUGUUGUACAAAGAGCCUCCUAGCAUGUGGAAAGUAUUUUUUUCAUUAUGUAAGGCCAUUUGUCAUUAUCUGCUGCAGCACUGGGCAAUUUCUUGGCCAUACCUUUCUGAGGGAAGAGUGCUCCCUUCUGGGAUAAUUUCUGUUAAACUUACUUGAAGCAGAAUGCAAAAUGAACGCUAGCUGCAGUUCAGUUAAUUUCUGUCCUUUAGUGCCUAUACAAGUUAUUCAGGCAAAGCUUAGUGGGGUGGCUGUCAUUGCUGGGUUGCUCAAAUAUUCCAUUAUUUCUUUCACUUUUCACUUGAAACUUGCACUUUCGUAUAUACCUAUCCCUAUAAUGGAAUUUCUGUUUACCUUCAAAACGAGCAUGUGAACCAAACAUCUAGUGGUUGGGUAUUCUGAAGUCCCAAUGAAUGCAGGACUGAAAAUACCAUCAUUAUCUUCUGUUGCUCUGCCAGUUCUGUUAUACCUAACAGAAAACACAAAACUAACAAGCAGUCUGCUGAAUUCCAGAGCUUUGAAAGUAGGGAAACGGAAGAGGAAUAUAACACUGUGUGUGCCUGAGUCUUGAAAGAAAUGUAUUCUGGAUUUUUUUUCUCCCAGCUAAUGCGCUGGGAUUCCUAGAAGUUUACAUUCUUGUUCUGGAGGUUAAUUAUCUUUAAUCAGGAAGACUGAAGAAAUGAGAGAAGUACAGACAUGCGGUGGUAGUGUUUGGAUUUGAGGGGAUAAAAUAACAAGGCAGGCAAACUUUGAGCAUACUGACGUACUAUUUCAGCUGCCAGGUCUGGUUAACCUAUUUGGGCUGCUGUAUAAUAUUUGAUCCUCUUUAUUUUUCAGGGAUUUCUUUUUAUAACAAUAAAUAGUCAUGCUUGGGGGGCUUGAGGUCAACUGCUUUUUAAAAAAAAUAUAUUUGAAAUUUUCCCUCUAUCUGUUUAUUAGCCCAAAUAUCAACUGGCUGGAAGCUGCAGCAAGAGUGGUAUGUAUAGCUAAUGUUUUUAUGGUGUAAAAUGGGAUUGUAACACAGCUUUCUUUCAUUGUCUAUUAAUAUGGGAAGCUUCUAGUGCUGUGACAGAACUGAGCUAUAACCUCACUGCAGCUUUUAACAAAACAAGGGUAUGGGUGGGGAGGGAAGAAACUUGGGUCCAAGCAGAGUGCAGUCCUCUAGUGUGCUUGAAAAGAUAGAACUUCUUGGGUUUUUCCUUUGGGGUUUUUUUUGUCUGCUUCCUUGUUCUGUCAUGUUUCUGGUUGCUUUGAAGUAAUGCUUCUUAGCUCUCUUAACAGCUACAGCAGAGAGAGCAGAACAAAGAAAAUACUCAAUAAUUGGAGGAGUUCAAGAAAUGUUGCAAUUGCCUGACACGUCCCAGACCUUAGAGUUGUGGAAACCCAAAUAUACAGCAUUGUUCUGUUUUGUUUUAGUAUUUGUAUGAUAGAGAUGUAAGCUAACCAAGACAAAGCAUCUUGUUCUUCCUCCCUGCCUCUCCAGCAUACAGAUGUUAAUCAUGCUUGUGCACAUCUUCUUUUUUCAUUUCCCACCUCUGAUUCUAUUUACCGCACUUGUGGAACAGCUUUGUUCCAUUUGUGGCUGGAGCCUCUACACUGGGAAUGAUGACAGUGCAAAACCUAUGUAUUUGCAGCUCUGAGCUGCUUCUGUCACAGAUCAUCCCAGGCAAAAUGUAUAGAGGAUGCAUCUUUUGGGGUCUUGCAUCCUUCCCUAGCGAAGGAUACGUACACUUGCCUUUUCACAGAAUAAACCCACUUCUGUGUGGAUUCUUUUGCACCAUCAUGGAAAAAAAGACAUCGCGCACAUUGUUCACAGAACGAUGACUAGAGCAGCUUGAGGAAAAACGGCAAAGCUUUUGCUAGGUACUGUCUCUUGGCAGUCAGCUUUGCAGAGCCAGCAGCUUUUUGAUAGGUUUGCUGAUUGUGGGAGAGAGAAGGAUCAUUUUUCUAAAGCUCUUGCUUUCACCAUCCUACAACUGGAGUGGCAAAGGCUACUUAAUGUAUGUGACAGGGUUUGCCUGACUGUCCUUGGGGCUAUGUAUGUUUGAGUGCAGAUGCUUGCUGGAUACAAUUUUCUGCAAGCUGUUCUCAUCUAUUGUAUUUGAUUUGAGUUGGACCUUUGGUAUAUUAUGUGUCAGGUGCGCUCCUAGAAUGUGGAUGAUAAAUGCGUGGAUUAAAAGUCUAUAUGAUGCUAUCAUGUUAACCAAUAGCUCAGUGGGAAUUUGUACACCUGUGCCGUUAGCCUCCAUCAUGCUCUUGGCAUUUGAUUUCUGUUCAGUAGUGUGAAUCUAAAGUUUCACUGUUUCUUUUGUGUGUGUUUUUAAUUUAUGGAAAUAAAUUUUUCUGAGAAAAUGUUAGUUUUUCUAAAGCCUUUAGGUCUGUAUCAGAAACUACGAAUGGUAUGUCUGUCUCACUAAUUGGGGGGAGGGAUCAAAUCUGUGAAGAGGUCCAUUGACACCAUUAACUAAUGGGGUGGGCUGUUGGUGAAUCAUGCAGCUGUGAUUUGUCUUUAGCCUUAUAGUCGUAGAAGAAGAAACAGACCCUGGGGGAUUUUAAGCAUAAUUCUAACUGCUGCUCAUAGUGUUGAGACAGCAUUUAUCUCUUAAGGUAGGAGGGUAGUAGCAUUCAGACAGCAUAACUCCUGCUGAGUUCAGCACCAAGAGAUGCA